AUGUGGGUGGGCAUCGACGGCGUCGACUGUUGUGUCAUUCUGCAAACGGGCGUUGAUGCUACGAUCAACAACAAUCAAGUUUCAUACUCGGCUUGGUAUGAAUGGUUCCCGGAUCCCUCCCACACUUUCGACAGCAUCGACUUCGCUGCAGGCGACGACGUCACCCUUGCCACGACUGCACACUCGACGACCAACGUCACGGUAAUGAUCGAGAACAAGACGAAAAACCAGAAUGUGACGCACGAGGUCAGCUCUUCGCAUGCGCUGUGCCAGAAGGACGCGGAGUGGAUCGUUGAAGACUAUUCUUCCGGCGGUGACACCGUCAAAUUCGACGACUUCGGUACGGUAACGUUCACCGGGGCCCAGGCGACCACAGGCUCUGGCACAGUUAGAGCCGACGGUGCGACGAUCUACGGUAUCAAGGAUCAGAGUGGAAAGGUUUUGACACAGUCUUCGGUGUCGAACGGAAACGUCGUCAUCAAACACACAUAAAUGUACAGACUGACACUACAGUGUUUACCACCGGACGUUCAUUCCUCUAAGUUACGACGCAUCCCUCCUUCAUAUACCAACAUACAGACUUUACUUAUAUACUCGUCUUGUGACCAAAUAUAAUUAUUGACGUCGAAUACAUAAUCAUAUGACC